UGCCUCUUGUGCCACUUGAAGACCAGCAACGGUUCGGCCAACGUCAUAACAGUCCCUGCGAUAUGUCGUCGCGCAGCCCCAGCCUCGGGAAGGGACCGCGUUCGCCCUUUCACGAAGGUGUUCACUUUGGGAGACUACAUGAGCUGCUAUUCAUCAUUGUCAUAAGCUGCGGACAACUAUUCACGCAAGCCAGCCUAGGCCAGGUCGUUGUACCACUGGAGAUCAUUGCCAAGUCCUUGGGAACGUCUGACCCCGCUCAAGAGUCAUGGACGAUCGCCGCCUAUUCCCUCACCGUGGGGACGUUCGUUCUGCCCGCAGGCAGAUUGGGCGACAUGUACGGCCACAGGAGGAUAUUACUCGCGGCGUACAUGUGGUUUGCGCUCUGGUCUCUCAUAUCUGGGUUCUCCGUGUACGCGCGGUCGGUGAUCAUGUUUGAUGUCUGUCGGGCCAUGCAGGGCAUCGCACCGGCAGCAGUUCUCGUCAACAGUGUCGCUAUCCUGGGACGUACAUACCUACCAGGACCCCGUAAAAACUACGCGUUCGCCAUCUUCGCCGCUGCGGCACCCAACGGCUUUCUAGUUGGAUCGGUGUUCUCGAGCCUAUUCGCACAGUUCCUGUGGUGGCCGUGGGCGUUUUGGUCCGAGGCGAUCGCGUGCCUCGUAAUGGUACCCGCCGUGUACUUCGUCAUCCCUGCAGACGUUGUUCUGGACGCACCCGAUCCAGAAACAGAUGUAGCAGCGUCGUCUGCAUCUUCUGUUUCUUCGGAAAUCACUGCAGGACCUCGGUUUGACUGGUUGGGCACUGUGCUCGGCAUCAGCGGCCUCGUUCUCGUCAACUUCGCCUGGAAUCAGGCGCCAGUCGUAGGCUGGCCGACGCCGUACACAUAUGCGCUUCUCAUCGUGGGCAUCAUCCUCGUUUGCGCGUUCCUGGUGGUCGAAAGUCGCGUUCACGGCGCUCUCGUACCAACAAAAAUAUGGAAUCGACGUAUCAGCAUGAUGCUGGCUUGCAUUGUCUUAGGAUGGUCCACCUUCGGCAUCUGGAAUUUCUACGGCAUUCGCUUCUUGAUCCAGAUGCGAGAGAACACGCCACUGGGGGCCGUCGCGGACUUCGUCCCAUCUGGUGUUGCGGGUGCGAUCGCGACGGUACUGACUGGCUUUCUCUUGCCAAUUAUCGGCCCGUCCUUUGUCAUGGUUCUUGCACUCUGCGCCUUUUGUGUUGCGACCAUCCUGUUCGCAACCGCCCCGAUACAUCAAACGUACUGGGCUCAGACGUUCGUGAGCAUCAUCAUCGCUCCAUUCGGCAUGGAUAUGAGCUUUCCAGCAGCAUCUCUCGUCGCCAGCAAUUCUGUUCAACGUCAUCAACAGGGAAUUGCUGCCAGCCUUGUCAACACUUUCGUCAACUAUUCUGUGUCCUUGGGACUUGGCUUCGCCGGCACCGUAGAGACGCAGCUUAACCGAGGAGGUAAGACGAAAGCCGACGUCCUGCGCGGCUAUCGCUCCGCCUUCUACUUGGGUAUCGGGUUUUCGUCCCUAGGCAUCGGUGUCGCCCUGCUCAACGUGGCGCUGGAUCAUCGCGCCAAUCGGAGGGUGAAAGCGAACCCGGAACUAGUAGAAAAGCACGCACAAAGCUCGCAGCAUGGCGAUGGACCCGAGACACGGUCUCACGCAUAGAGCAGACUCUGGUAGCAUCCGCCAGUAGAAGCAACGAGUCUGGGGCUGAGUCUCGCAAUCAUAUCAGAACAUAUCUAGUAUUUCAUAGAGCACAUAG